AUGGGCAACUGCUGCUGCCCGGGGUCGUCGUCCGCGGAGCCCGCGCUGCCGCCGGACUCCUAUGCCGGCUCGUCGCGCCCCGUGGGCAGCGCCACGGUGCCCCCGCCGACCUCGGUGUCGUCGUCGGCGACCACGGCACCCACGCCAAACAAGCCCCCGGCCCCCAUCGGCCCCGUGCUGGUCCGCCCGAUGGAGGACGUCAAGAGCACCUACACCGUGGGCAAGGAGCUCGGGCGCGGGCAGUUCGGCGUCACGUCGCUGUGCACGCACAAGGCCACGGGGCAGAAGUUCGCUUGCAAGACCAUCAGCAAGCGGAAGCUGUCCACCAAGGAGGACAUCGAGGACGUGCGGCGCGAGGUGCAGAUCAUGUACCACCUCUCCGGCCAACCCGGCGUCGUGGAGCUCAAGGGCGCCUACGAGGACAAGAGCAACGUGCACCUCGUCAUGGAGCUCUGCGCCGGCGGGGAGCUCUUCGACCGGAUCAUCGCCAAGGGCCACUACACCGAGCGCGCCGCCGCCUCGCUGCUCCGCACCAUCGUCGAGAUCGUGCACACCUGCCACUCCAUGGGCGUCAUCCACCGCGACCUCAAGCCCGAGAACUUCCUCCUCCUCAGCAAGGACGAGAACGCGCCGCUCAAGGCCACCGACUUUGGCCUCUCCGUCUUCUUCAAAGAAGGGGAGGUGUUCCGGGACAUCGUCGGCAGCGCCUACUACAUCGCGCCGGAGGUGCUGAAGCGGAGCUACGGGCCCGAGGCCGACAUAUGGAGCGUCGGCGUCAUCGUCUACAUCCUGCUCUCCGGCGUUCCGCCAUUCUGGGCAGAAUCGGAGCACGGCAUCUUCAAUGCCAUCCUGAGAGGGCAGGUCGACUUCACCAGCGACCCAUGGCCGCGCAUCUCGCAGGGCGCCAAGGACCUUGUCAGGAAGAUGCUCAAUCCUGACCCUAAGCAGCGGAUUUCUGCAUACGACGUCCUCAAUCACCCGUGGAUCAAAGAAGACGGCGAGGCGCCUGACACGCCGCUGGACAACGCCGUUCUCGGCCGGCUCAAGCAGUUCAGAGCUAUGAACCAGUUCAAGAAGGCUGCUCUGAGGGUUAUCGCGGGAUGCCUGUCAGAGGAGGAGAUCAGGGGGCUCAAGGAGAUGUUCAAGAGCAUGGACUCCGACAACAGCGGCACGAUAACCGUGGACGAGCUGCGGCGAGGGCUGGCCAAGAAGGGCACCAAGCUCACCGAGGCCGAAGUCCAGCAGCUCAUGGAAGCUGCCGACGCCGACGGGAACGGGACGAUCGACUACGAGGAGUUCAUCACGGCGACGAUGCACAUGAACAGAAUGGACCGGGACGAGCACCUCUACACCGCGUUCCAGUACUUCGACAAGGACAACAGCGGGUACAUCACGAUGGAAGAGCUGGAGCAAGCCCUGAGGGAGAAGGGGCUGCUCGACGGCCGAGACAUCAAGGACAUCGUAGCAGAAGUCGACGCCGACAACGACGGGCGGAUCAACUACACCGAGUUCGCGGCGAUGAUGAGGAAAGGGGACCCGGAGCCAUCCAACCCCAAGAAGCGGCGCGACGUCGUCCUGUAG